CUGCUGACGUACGUGGAAUAUGACCCACAAAAAGCCAGCUGUGUUUUCCCUAAAAAGUUAGGUAUUGGGUUCUUCACUUCUUCAAAAAUCCCCCAAAACCUUUCAAUCAAAUCAAAUCGAUUUCGAAUCGAGCUUAAUCCCCAAGCACACACACACCAAUCUCUCUGCUCAAAUCAUGGCGGAAAAAGGUCCACCAUUGCCAAAGUUUGGUGACUGGGACGUGAAUGACCCUGCAUCAGCUGAGGGCUUUACAGUCAUUUUCAACAAGGCUAGGAAUGAGAAAAAGACAGGUGGCACAUCCGACUCACCACCUAAAAAUGACUCCACAUAUAACAAAUCUGGGACAGCUACUCUUGGGAAACCUCAAUCUAAAAAGUGGUUUUGUUGCAUGGCAUGAAAAGUGAUGAUGAUGAUGAUGAGAGACUACUUGUAUCUUAUUGCUUCUCCAACCUUGAAUUCUUUCUGAUUAUUAUUAUUAUUAUUAUGCUUUCAUUUUUUAUUUUCAUGAUAAUGUAAAACUAAAACCUUCAAAACAAACAAAACUAUAUAUGUUCAUGUUGUGAACUUGUGAUUGCCUUUAUUAA